AUGGCUCCCGAAGCACCAUGUCGAGAUGUGGUGCUUACGCCCAUCACUGCCCUAGGGUUUCUCACUCUUGACCCCUCCCCCGCCUAUGCCCGGGGGACGUAUCUCCUUGUUGGCGAGGAUACGCAGCUGAAGAUUUAUGACGUGGAUCGCUGGAGGCUAUGUGGUCAGCUUAUGGUGUUUGCUGAGCAGUCCAUUCACGGAAUUCAUGUCUCAUCAGGAAGCGUUCUCAUCUGGGGAUCUCGCUCUGUGACAGUUUGUAGUGUGGAGACAAUCGCGGCCGCCCUCGGAGCGGCACAAGCCACGAAUCGCGAGCUUGCCCAAGCUGAGGCUCCGGAUUGGAUCUACGAUGGCAGGAUAUCACCUGUUGACCCCAAUUCCGGCGUCCUCGUCACGGCGCACAACGAAGUCGUCCCGAUAUCUUGGGUUGAUACACCGAGCCAGGGCGGCCCUACUAUUUCUUUCGGUGAAGCAGUGUCACCUUCUCGCCCGAUCCUGUACUCUGCCCACUUGAAGUGGCUAUCGCCUGGCUGCAUCCUCGUGGCGGGUGGGACGGUCUUUGGAGAGAUUCUCGUGUGGACUUGUCGAAGCGAUGAUGCUGGGAGGCGGACGUGUGAGGUUCUGCACGUUCUUUCGGGGCAUGAGGGGUCCAUCUUCGGCGUACACAUAUCGGAUGAAAUUCAGCUUGCUGACGGCGGGCCCUUGCGAUUACUGGCGAGUUGUAGUGAUGACCGCACGAUUCGGGUGUGGGAUGUCAGCGAUGCUUCGAGUUCGGCCGGAGAGGCAUCAGGUGCUUCGACGACGGAUCUCCUUCAUGAGGCACGUGAGACCGGGUUUGGAUCUGCCGGUAUAGACGAAGGGAAAGGUGUCAAGGCGCCAAUUACCAUGGCCAUGGGGCAUAUCUCGAGGAUAUGGCAUGUCGAGUUCCCGCCACUCACGACGGAGAAGCUGCCUACGACCGUGCUUCCGCUUUAUUCAUUUGGGGAAGACUCGACGUCGCAGAGAUGGGAGUUAGACCUAACCCAUUUUCAGCGUGGAGCCGGAGGAGAAACGGGUCGGCUUAUUAACAAGGAUAUCUUCUCUAACCAUGAUGGGAAGCAUAUUUGGGCAGCAGCCUUGAUGCUGAAUGACGACCAGUCUCAUCUUAUUGCCACUGGAGGUGCAGAUGGCAAAGUAGCUCUGAUAAAGGAGAACCGGGCAAGUUCACAGGCGGAUAACAAGGAAGGAGAGCAAGAAGGGCCGGCGUCUCUAAGCACAGUUUCCCAUGAGACGCUACCGCUGCUAGAACCUGUGCAAGUCGAGAAGGUGCAAAAAGGGCGGAAUCGUCACGACUUCCUACACCGCUAUGCAUUUAUCACAGAGGAUACCUUACUUACAGCAACCAAGUUUGGAAAGCUCCUACUAGGAUUGUUUAGCAGCGGCGGCGAUAUUAGCUGGUCAGAAGUGUCGAUCACGGAAGACGAGACCCGAGACGACAUCAAGGCAUGUUCGGCGAUCACAUCUGCAGGCCCUGGGGUGGCCAUCGUGGGGACGACAACGAAGAACCUAUAUCUCUACUCCGAUGGCAGGAUUUCCAAACUAGUUUCCGUCCCCGGAAAAGUCUUGAACUUGAUAUGCCUGGGGCAAACCGAGGCAUCGAUCACCUUCCUGCUUACGAUGUACGACAACCAUGAUGUCAAGAUAUUCACGGCAGACUUGGCUAGUAGACUGGUAACUUCGGAUAUUUGUCUCGAUGGGGUAGACGAGAGAUUCGUUCUCACAUCAGCAGGGCGGUUCCACGGCUACCUAAUCAUAGGAUCCCGGAACGGCUUCAUGGAGGGUUUCACAGCACAAGACGACCAAUACGUGCCGACUAUCCGGAUAGACCCAAGGUCAGAUGAUGCCAUCACUUCCAUAAUUCCUCUCCCGGGGCAAGCAAAUGCGGAGAAGAUUUCGUUCCUCACGACAAAUCGCGACGGGAAAUACCGAAUAUAUGAACUAGAUAUUACUGACGGGAACGCACCGCGGGCCUACCUUCGACACGAGACCUCGCCGCCUUUCGGCCCCCAGAUCGAGGACGCCUGGUUCUGCAAAGACGGUGACGGGCCAGCUGACCUGAUCCUCUCAGGCUUUCGAAGCAAAAACUUUGUCGUGUGGAACGAGACGAAGCGCGAGUCCAUAGCGGGUGUCGACUGCGGUGGAGCGCAUAGGACCUUUGCGCACACUAAGUCUCCCGUGGCCGGACACCUGCGGUUUGCUUUUACGAAAGCCUCCAAAGUGUACAUCCACUCACAAGAGCAGACAAAUUGUUCUACUCUCAAAUCAGGAACCCAUGGUCGAGAAAUCCGAGCCAUCGCCGCACGGGAACCUUCACCUCCAACAGGAGUAAGUUACUUCGCAACCGGAUCCGAAGACACGUCCAUCCGCAUUUGGGAGCGGGCGAGUUCCUCUGGGAUUGGGAGUCGCCUACGCUGCGUGGCCUCUAUGAAGAUCCACACGACGGGCAUCCAGUGCCUCAAGUGGUGCGGCCAAGACUAUCUCCUCAGCAGCGGAGGAAACGAAGACUUCUUCGUGUGGCGCGUGAGCAAACUCGAUGCCGAUUUCGCGGGCCUCGCGGUCUUUUGCGAGGCGGCGCUGCCGGAUAAGACGCCGGACGCGGACCUCAGGAUAACCGAUUUUGAUGUCACUGCAGAGGGUGGUGAUGGCUGCCUGUUGAUUACUAUGGCUUUUUCCAACUCGACGUUCAAGACGUAUGGGUAUAGGUCUCCUGCGCAAGGGAGCAGCAAAGCGCAGGGAACGUUCGAGCUGCUUGCGGUGGGGGAGUAUACGGGAGCAUGCUUGACGCAGGUUCGCCAGCUAGGUUUGGGAGAGAGUGGACCGGCGGCCUGUGUUCUCACUGCUUCUACGGAUGGGUAUAUCGCGCUCUGGAGAUUGGAGAAUAAGGGUUCUACUGUGUCUUACACCUUCACCAGCGCGACAAGGAUACAUCAGAGCAGCAUCAAGGGCCUUGACCUGCGAUUGCUCUUGGAUUCUAAUAAACCGCCGCGGUAUCUCGUCACGACCGCUGGCGAUGACAAUGCCGUAGCCGCCACUUUGGUCUCCCUUGAUGCGGAUAACGGCAAGCUGACGGUUUCGGGGGCAACAAUUGUAAAGUCCGCACACGCGGCCGCGAUAAAUGGUGUGGUUUCUCUUGGCGAUGGGCGUGUUGCGACGGUUAGUAAUGACCAGCGCUUGAAGCUGUGGCGGGUGAGAGAAGGAGGCAUGGGGAGCCUGACGAUUGUACUGGAGGAGAACUUGCCUCCCAAGAUUAAAGGCCUCGGCCUCGGUCCUGCGACCAUUGGCUCGCCACUUCCUCGCCUGACGUCUUCCCUCCCCAACAUCUACGCCGCCUCCCACCUCCCCGCCCACCGCUCUCUCAGCACAACACCAACCUACCUCAAAAAGAAAGACAAAGGCUCCCCCAAAUCCUCCUCUAAAUCUGCCCCCGCAGCGUCCUCCUCCUCUUCCCCCGACGAAGCAGGCCACAACCACCCGUCCCCGAACCCCGACGACCCCCACAACUUCGCCGACAUAACCUCCCGCUUCACCAAACUCUCCGAACGCUACAAAUCCGACCUCAAACAAUUCCGCCAAGGCGGCAAAUCCAACCCGGACGUCAUCGGCGCCCUCCCCGUAGCUACCAAGGGCGGCGAGACCUUCCCCCUCCGCGAGCUGGCGCAGGUGGUAUCCCGCGGCAGAUCGAUCUCUCUCCUCGUCAAUGACAAGAGCUUCGUGAAACCCGUCAUGAGCGCCGUUCAGGCCUCGGAGCUGUUCAACCAGCAGCCGCAGAGGGACCCCGAGAAUGAGCUGGAGCUCGUGAUGAAGGUGGAGAUGGAGAGGCCGGAGGAGGUGGCGAGGAGGUUGAAGGAUUUGUGUCAUCGGUGGAGGGAGAGGGUUAGGGAGGUUAAGACGAAGAGGGAUAAGGUUAUUGCGGCGUGGGGAAAGGAUAACGUCGUGAGCAAGGACGUGAAGCAUAAGUUGGGAACUGAGCUGAUGGACUUGGUUAAGAAGGAGUUGGCUGAUAUUGAUAGGCUGGAGGCUCAGGCUAUUGCUCAGGCUGGAAAGUCGGGCAAAUAA